AUGGCAGCACAAGCUUCAGACUAUGACCGCGUCCUCCAGGACACCCUCGACCACAUCCACCACCCCCCCAUCACCUCAGACUCCGCCUACAACUUCGCUCGUCUCUCCCUCCUCGAUGCACUCGGCACCGCCAUCGCAAACGUCUCCUCCGCCGACCCAAUCUGCCGUCGCCUCAUAGGCCCCAUCGUCUCCGGCACCACCGUCCUGUGCGGCUUCCGCCUCCCUGGCACAAGCUUCGAGCUCGACCCCGUGAAAGGCGCCUUCGACCUCAGCAGCCUGAUAUCCCACCACCACAGUAACCUCUCCGGUCCCCCCUCCACUCCCCCACUCCCCCCCUCCAGCAUCCUCGGCGCCCUCCUCGCAACCGCAGACUGGCUAAGCCGCACGCGCACGCCGCCGCCAACCGGCGUGCCCCAGCGCACCUUCCUGACGGUCCAAAUCGAAGCCUACGAGCUCUACGGCUGCCUAGCAGCGCACAACCCCUCGCUCUCCCCGACGCUGCUCGCCGAAGUCACCGCCACAGCGUGCGUCGCGCACCUCCUCGAGCUGCCCGAGGACGACGCUCUCGCCGCUCUUUCGAACGCCUGGGCGGAUGCGGGAGCCCUCCGCGUGUCGGGCGCCGCGCGACAGAGCUGCGACGUCGCCGACGCGGCGGCCCGAGCGGUGCAGCACGCGCUGCUGGCACAGCGGGGGCAGGCUGGCGUUCCGGGGGUUCUUGGGGCAGAAAGGUGGGGGGUACAGGACGCGGUGUUGGGCGGAAUGGAAGUAAGACUGCCGCCAGGCGUGUACGGCGGGCUGGAGAAGAACGCGUACUUCCAGAUGGUGCCGGCGGCGUGGUGGGCCGUUUCGGCGGUGGAAGCGGCGCUGGGGCUGGUGCACGUGCUGCAGGAGAGGGAGCUGAGCGUGGAGAAGGACGUGCAGAACAUCAUUGUGCGCACGACGAGGGCGGGGAAGAGAAGCUACGCGGGUGGGAGCGGGCUGGGGGGUGCGGAGCGGAGGAGGGGGGAUUUGGGGUUCGUGGUGGCGGUGGUGUUGUUGCUGGAGGGGGAGAUGGUGGAAGAAGGGGACUAUGAGGACGGCAGCGCGUGGGCGACAGACCCGAGAGUGGAGGCGCUUAGAGGAAGAAUGAUCGUUGUUGAGGAUGAAGAGUUCACGCGGGGUUACGACGAUGAGGGGACGCGGAGUGCGGCAAAUGGCAUCAAGUUGCUGCUGAGCGUAGACGAAGAGGUCCCAGAGAGGGUAGUUGAAUUCCCAGUUGGGCACCCAAAGAGGGAGGACACGACGGUGAUGGUUGUGGAGAAGUUCCGGAAGAACCUACAGAAGGGGGAUUUCAGCGACGAGAGGGUGGCCGAGAUCUUGGAAAGGGUGGAAGUAGAUGACGCCGAGGUGGCCGAUUUUGUGGACUUGUUCUGGAAGUGGGAGUAA